AUGCCGACCGAGGAUAGCCGCGAUACCCAGCAUCAUACCCCCCGCAAUGGUACUUCCCGAAGGAAAUCUUCGGGAGAUGCCACUCUCCAGGCAGAAGUGGAGCGCCUCCGCGACAGUAUUACUAAAAUGUCGGAGAAAUACGAGCAUCUUCAUUGCCGGAAUGCUGAGCUAGAGCAUGACUAUCGUGCUCUAAAGCGGAAUCAAGAGAGGACUCGCGCCAAGGAUGCCCAACAAGACCUCACCCAGAACGUUGGGCAUACUCAGCCGAACCAGCCAGUACAUUCCAGCCACAGUGCCCCGGCCCAAUCUACGCUUCGCAAGGAUAAAGACCACCUUCAUCCGAAGCUAACCCAGUCGCGACUCCUUUGCGUUCCCCCACCGAAGGACCGGCCCCAUGAACCAGUCAGGAUCUACCAAGAUUGCAGGGAUCGCAUCUCGGACCGUCAACCAGGACCGAUCCCUAUCCCUGUCAACCUCGAAGACCCACGGGUGACACACAUGGGCCCUUCGCCAGGCCCCGUCCGCAUACCCGACGAGGAAGGUGUCGGGGACUCGGAUAGUUGGGAAUUCUAUAAUUCGGAGGCCUGGCCAACUUACCACACCGAGGCGCGGGAAGAUUGGGAACAUUCCCCAGCCCCUGUCUGCCCCGUCCCCAGGCCAUUGGCACCCGAAACUCUUCCUCAUGCCGACCCGGCCAUGAGGCUUCUCUUUGAAAAGGUCCGGCGUCUGAAGAGCGAACAGCAUCGCAGCCAUCAACCCCUCUGGGUAAAACCGCGACCGGGGCCCUUUACUGAACAUAUCCUCCACUACCAUCAGGAGAAAGAUAUCCAGCCACUCCGCAUCGCCUUCUACACUGGCACGGAGGACCCUCUCACUCACAUCCACUCCUUCCAAUCUGCCCUUGGGUGCAAAGGCCUCACUGAUGAAGGCAUGUGCCUCUUCUUCCCUUCCACCCUCAGCAGCGCGGCCCUGAAUUGGUUCUAUAGGCUCCACCCCCGCACCAUCAACUCAUUCGAUAAUCUCAAGCAGAUGUUCCUGGAUCAUUUUAUGAUCCAGACUGAUCGCCUAUACUCUGCCGACGACUUGUAUAUGCUUCGGGAGGCUGAGGACGAACCCCUUCGGGAAUAUGCAGCCCGGUUCAGUCACGAAUACUCUCGCUGCCCGGAUACUGAUGAUCGAGCUGCCUUCGGCGCUUUUAAGAGCGGCCUCUGCGAGUCCAACUUCCGCUACCUGGUUCAUAGCAACAGUUGGAACACAUAUACAGAGCUAAUGAAACAGGCAGCGAUCCAUGCUAAGGCUGAAUACUUCAAUUCCAAGCAUGGCCCAGCCAACCUGGCGCGCAACACUUUCGCCGAUCUUCCACCUGCUUCAGCACCAGCUUUAGCCCCACCUCAGCAUUCUACCCCGACCCCGAGUACCCAGGGUAACCAACAACCAAAACGGAAGGAUAGCUACCAGCAUCCUUUCAGCAAUAACAAACGUGGCAAACAUGGCAACCACCACCACUCUAGCGGAGGCAACCCUCCCAAGACUGAUGAUCGGGCCCCACUUCCCCUCACACCCAGGCCCAGGUUCGAGGUUUUUACUACCCUCAACACCACCUAUGAGAACGUCCUGGUGCGUGAAGCCCCCAUCAUCCCCAAGCCACCCCCCCAGAGACCAUCCAGCAAGCCUAUGCCAAACACGGGGGUCUUCUGCCGCUUUCAUCAAUUCAGCGGCCAUGACACCGAAUCUUGUGUUGCGUUGCGCAACAUAAUUGAGGGGCUCAUCUGUGAGGGAAAGCUGGACAACUAUGUGCAUAACAUACCACCCCCGCCUAACCCUCACCAACGACAGAUCAACAUGAUCUCCACCAUCAGUGGAGGUCCUACCUUGGCUGGCACCUCCAACAACUCCAUCAAACAUUAUGUCCGCUCCACCUAUGCGCACCAGGUCUUCAGCACCGAGCAGGGACGCUUGCCGAAGACCCAAAGGUCUGGCUGGGCCCCCAUUACCUUCUGCGAGGAGGAGGAGCUUGGUGUUAUCCUCCCCCAUGAUGAUCCACUCAUUAUCCAUGCUGACAUUUCUAACUUCGACGUUGGGCGUAUCCUGGUGGACACUGGCAGCUCGGUCAGUGUGAUGUUUGCUAACGCCUUCAAUGAACUCCAGGUCCCGUCUCACCUACUCGACCGAAGCAUCACACCCUUUGUGAGCUUCUCGGGUGAUGUGGUCCAGCCCAUUGGCAGCAUUCAUCUCCCUAAAUCAAUUGGGGCCGCACCCCAACGGAUGACGAUCACUACCCCCUUCCUUAUCGUUGAUUGUCCCACAGCCUACAACGUCAUCCUCGGCCGCCCAGCCUUGGCCCAAAUGAGGGCUUUUAUUUCCACGCAUAUGCUGCUGUUGAAGUUCCCUACACCUAAUGGCCCAGGCACGGUGCGCGGCGACCAACUCGGGGCCCGAAGCUGCUAUGCUUCAGCAGUCAAAUCCACCAAUCGCCAACAUAGGAGUGAGGCCCUUGCGGUAACCAUGGCGCCCGCCCCUCCUCAAGCUGGCACCGACCCACCUGAGGACCCAAGGGAGGAGUCUAUCACACAGCAGGCCGAACCCGUGGAAGACCUAGAGCUGGUUACCCUCCAUGACGAUAUCCCGGAUCGACAAGUCCGGAUCGGCACCUCCAUCUCGCCAGAGCUUCGCUCUGACCUGGUCGCCUUCCUCCGCCUCAACUCCGAAGUCUUCGCAUGGUCCUACAAUGACAUGCCUGGCAUAUCACCAGACAUCAUAUCCCAUAGGCUUAGCGUCAAUCUUGCCGUCCGACCAGUCCGACAGAAGCAUCGCGCUUAUGAUCCCGAGCGCUAUGAGGCCAUGAGGGCGGAGGUGGAUCGAUUGAGUAGUAUCGGAUUCAUCAAGGAGGUUGACUAUCCUACAUGGCUGGCCAAUGUCGUGAUGGUCCGUAAACCAAGAAAGGGCUGGCGCAUGUGUGUCGAUUACACCAACCUUAAUCGGGCCUGCCCAAAGGACAGCUUCCCCCUACCCCGCAUUGACCAACUAGUCGACGCCACAGCGGGCCACGCCCUCCUUAGCUUCAUGGAUGCUUAUUCAGGUUACAACCAGAUCUUCAUGCACCCCGAAGAUCAGGCCCACACCUCUUUCAUUACGGACCGCGGCCUCUACUGCUAUAAGGUGAUGCCCUUUAGCCUCAAGAACACCGGGGCUACUUAUCAGCGUCUGGUGAACCACCUCUUCGCCCCACUGAUUGGCAAUACCAUGGAGGUAUAUGUCGAUGACAUGCUAGUCAAGAGUCGCACAGCUGACCAACACAUCCCUAACCUCUCUGCCAUGUUCACCAUCCUGAAGCAGUACAACAUGAGGCUCAACCCCACUAAAUGUGCAUUCGGGGUGGCUUCCGGCAAAUUCCUUGGCUUCAUGAUCAGCCAGAAGGGUAUUGAGGCCAAUCCAGAAAAGAUCCAGGCCAUCUUAGACAUGACAAUACCUAAGACGGUCAAGGAUAUCCAAAGCCUUAUAGGGCGUGUCGCAACCCUGACCAGAUUUAUCUCCAAAGCCACUGACCGCUGCGCCCCAUUCUUCAAGGCCCUUAAGGGCACCAAGCGAAACAUCACCUGGACUGCUGAAUGCGACACGGCUUUCAGCGAGCUCAAGGAGUAUAUGGGCCGGGCCCCUUUAUUGUCAACCCCUGAGCACGGAGACAUCCUCGUGAUUUAUCUCUCCAUCUCAGUUUCGGCAGUUAGCUCUGUGCUCAUCCGAUCAAAAGAUAACGCGGAACACCCAGUGCAUUAUGUUAGUAAGGCGUUUCAAGAUGCCGAAGUUCGGUACCCAGACAUCGAAAAAUUGGCGUUCGCCCUGGUCGUCUCGGCUAGACGCCUCCGACCAUAUUUCCAAGCUCACACCAUCCAUGUCUUAACCAACCAACCGCUCCGACAAGUGUUGCAGAAACCAGAAACUUCUGGGAGGCUGGUUAAGUGGGCCAUUGAACUGGGCGAGUUUGAUAUUCAUUACAAACCCCGCCCGGCUAUAAGGGGGCAGGCCGUUGCUGACAUCUUAUCCGAAUUCACGGAGCCCCAAGCUUCAGCAGCUACCCAGCUCCUAACCGAACCCAAUCUCCCUCCGAGCCAGGACCAAACCGCCAGCAAAAGCACUUUCGACCUGACCCAGCCCCUAUGGACCUUAUUUGUGGAUGGCUCUUCUAAUGCCCAGGGGUGUGGGGCCGGCCUUGUUCUCGUCUCCCCAGACAAGGUUGCCCUCGAGUACGCCCUCCGCUUCAAAUUCCAAGCCUCCAACAAUGAGGCCGAAUAUGAAGCACUCUUAGCUGGUCUUUGA